AUGAAACAGUGGAAGUGUAUUGUGAUAUGGUGUCAUUUGGCUAUGCUCAUGAUAUCCGUAGAAGAAAUUUUGGCCACUUGGUAUCUGCCACCAGAGCUAUCAAAGUUUUUUGAUGAUUAUUGGGACGUUUACAAGUCUUCCUUCAACAAAAGCUACGAUCCAACGCACGAAAGGUUGAGACGAGCGGCUUGGGAAGAAAACCUCCUUACGGUGUACGACCAUAACUUAUUGGCCGCUAAGGGACAUCACGACUACCUCUUGCGAGACAACCACAUUGCUGAUCUCAGCACCCAAAUGUACCUCCGAGACAUGGUAAAAUUAUUACCGAGUCGUCGCGAAGGCUCAGAAGAUGACCAAAUGUUAUCCGCAGCUCCUAGACAAUCAAGUAAAAUACCAAAAUAUCUAGACUGGAGAGAAUGUGGAUUCAUGACACCCCCUCGAAAUCAAAGAGACUGCGGUAGCUGUUACGCCUACUCAAUAGCCGGAACAAUCGAGGGACAACUUUUCAAACAUAACGGCAAACUAAUUACACUAAGUGAACAACAGUUAGUAGACUGCAGCAGUACAACAGGAAACUUGGGAUGCACUGGUGGAUCCUUAAAAAACACUCUGAGAUAUUUGGACAGAUCGAAGGGAAUCAUGUCAGGAGCCAGUUAUCCAUACGUAGCUAAGGAAGGCACGUGUAAAUAUAAAAGUAGCCAGAGCGUGGCUAAGGUCAAAUCAUGGGCCAUUUUACCGGCACGAGAUGAGAGAGCUUUGGAAACAGCUGUAGCAACAAUUGGCCCUAUUGCAGUGUCCAUAAACGCAAGUCCUAAGACUUUUCAACUUUACCACACAGGUAUUUACGACGAUCCUGCCUGUGUUUCGAGCACGGUGAACCAUGCAAUGUUACUCGUGGGAUAUUCACCAAAAUACUGGAUUUUGAAAAACUGGUGGGGCAAUACAUGGGGUGAAAAUGGGUACAUGCGAUUAGCAAAGAAUAAAAAUCGUUGUGGAGUCGCAAACUACGCAGCUUAUACGAGGAUUUAA